AUGCUCUCCUCCCCAUCUUCUCGAUUAUUCACUUCUCCUUCGAGUCCUCCCUCGGACAUCAAGCAUACUUCGACCGCUCGUACAUUGGCCGCAGGCCCAUGUACAGCAACCUGCAAGUCGGGCAAAUUGAAGAUCCCGUGUCCAUGUACACAAGGGAUUUUCACUGUGACACCAGGAUCACCCCUUGAAGGGACAUGCGAGGACUGUGACCAUCUCCUAUCACUACACCGGAGUUUUGGUUCCAAGUCAUCUCCGACGGAUAUCUUAGCAUCUGCUGGCAACUCUGAUCAUACGCGACAGCGCGUCAUGCAUCGGCUAACUACUAGUGACCCUACGAGAUGUUUACGCAGGGAUACAGUAUCAAAGCUUGCAGCCGCUGUGGAUGACAAAGAUGUCAUCCACGUACGUGGAACACCAGCCAGCGGGAAAACUGUCCUAUCCGAACUUCUCAGGGACUACUACCACGAGCAAAAGAGGAAGGUGUUUCUACUCAAGACAUGGAAGCCGCUGGACAGUUGCGAGGGUGGUGACCCUUGGACUCAAUUCGCCUCGCUCUUGCAAGAAAGGUAUCGAACAUCGAGUGCUACAGACUUUUUUGAUAAAGGGACUGUGAUUAUUGUUGAUGAGGCCCAGGGUUCGUACCAGGACAUUUCCUUCUGGAACACCAUCAUCAAAGAGCGAAGGGAUGGCAGAGGUGCGAUGAUAAAGAUUUGUCUUUUCUGUUCCUACGGAAGCCCUCGGACAGGCGUGGAUGCAGAUCACGUAUACUAUACUCCAGCUACCUUUGGCCCCGCGCAACGCAUAACAUUGACCCCUCAACCGGAAAAGUAUUCGCCAAAGCUCGGUUUAUUCUAUACGCCAGAUGAGUUUCAUGAAGCUGUAGGCGAUGGGCUACUUAUACGAGCUCACAAAUGGGCAUCCCGGAGGGUGAAAUCAUUAGUCGAUUUUCUUCAAUCUGAGCAUCGUCAUGAUCUCAAACACGGACGUAUCGGUACAAUCACGAAAGAUCAUGUUCUUGAUGAUCUGAAGGAUGAUGCUCAAGUUUUUGAGUAUGUCAGGAAUACGGGUGUUUCUCGCUCAUUUCCCACGGGAACGCAUCUGACACAUGAAGCUUCUGAAACCUUAAGCAAGAUUUUACUGGAGGGAAAUAUGCUAUGGGAUGAUAAUGAUGUGGGCCUACGGAAAUGCUAUGAGAGAGGCUGGGUUCAACGGAUGCCUUGGGGAGACAUGGAGGUACAUGACGUUGCUGUGCUGCCGUCUCGCUUGCAUGAGAAAUGGCUUGAGUAUAUCAUCGGCAAAAAGGCGAGGCCUUUGCCCGCGAGAUUCAACAAGCUAGAUGAACUAUGCCUGGAGGUUCUCAGUAAAUUUUCGACAAUGAACCUGAGACAUGCUGUUCAGGGCAAGAAAAUCUCCACCGCAGCAAAAUACAGACCCCUGGAGGCACAAUAUCAGGACGAAUUCUACAGAUCGUUCAGUCUUGUGGCAGGCCGGGGUGUUCCGAUCUGCAGUGAAUGGUCAAGGACCGGUGAUGGGCGAGUUGAUUUUUAUAUUCCAGGGAAGCAGUGGGCGAUCGAGUUGCUUCGGGAUCAUGAUCGGGUCAAUGAACAUAUCUCUCGGUUCAAGGAGGGAGGGAAGUACCAUCCCUGGCUGAAGGAGAAUGAGGUUGAACAUUGGAUCAUAAUCGACUGUGCCUCCUCUCCCCUAACCGCUGCAUAUUCCGAGCCAAGACUCUGGACCGCAGUUUUUGCCAAUGGCUAUUCUCAGAUGAAAGUAUACGAUUACGAAAACAGGCUCUUGACUGAUAUUCAUCUGCAGAAUUAG